AUGAGUUCUUUAAUUCAAUUCUUUACAGCAUCAAGAUAUAAUGAUCCAUUUUCACAUGUUGAAUUACCAUAUGUUGAUAAAUUCAUUAAACCUUUAUAUAACAAUCCAGUUUUAGAUAAUCAUAUUAAUGAAUUAAUACUUGUUAUCAUUGCAUAUCAUUCAGUUUUCACAUUAUCUUCAAUCCUCAGUCCUUUAUUAUUUCCCAAUGCUUUUAAAACAUUAUCUACUAAAAAUAAAGUUGAUUUCCAUAUUCAUGUUGUUUCAAUGGUUCAAUCUGUUUUAAUCUUAUUAGCAAUUAUUCCAUUAUUUAAUGAUCCUAUUUUAUCACAAGAUCGCGUGUUUGGAUAUACUCCAUAUGGUGGAUUUAUUGCAACAAUGGCUUUGGGUUAUUUUAUUUGGGAUACAAUAAUUUCAAUAAUUUAUGUUAAAUUUUUUGGUAUUGGAUUUUUAAUUCAUGGAUUAGUUUCAAGUUCAGUUUUUUUAAUUGGAUUAAAACCUUAUAUUAUGUUUUAUGCACCAAUUUUUAUAUUAUUUGAAAUUUCAACUCCAUUUUUAAAUUUAAGAUGGUUUGGUAUUAAAUUUCCAAAUUUAUUUUCAGAUUUAUUUAAUUUAAUUAAUAAUGCAAUUUUAAUAUUAAUUUUUUUCUUUAUUAGAAUUUGUUAUGGUUGGUAUCAAGCUUAUCAUUUAGGUUCAGAUUUCAUAAAUGCUUCAUCAGAUGAAAGAUUUUCAUUAUUUGGUGCUUUAGUUAUUAUGGGUGGUAAUUCAAUUUUAAAUAUUUUAAAUUUAUAUUGGUUUUAUAGAAUGGCUAAAGUUGCUUAUGCAAUUAUUUAUGAUAUGAUUACUGGUGGUAAUGAACAUGAUGAUGAUAAAAAAGAUAUAUGA